AAGUUUCCAAGAUAGAAAGCUCCAACUUAGAGCUAUGUUUGCAUCAGAAGAGUGGGCUAGAAGUAGCUAUUCUACAUCUGUUAAUGCAAAAAAGGCACAAGGAACAAUCUUGGGAGAUGCUAGAUUUUGGAAAGCAAUCAAGUAUUGCUUGAAGUGUGUGCUCCCUUUGGUGAAAAUUUUGAGGCUUGUGGAUGGUGAUGCAAAGUCGGCAAUGGGAUUUAUUUAUGAAGCUAUGGAUAGAGCGAAGGAAGAAAUUGCUUCAAACUUGAACCAUGUGAGGGGUAGAUAUAAGCGCAUUUGGGAAAUUAUUGAUACUAAAUGGGAUUUACAACUCCAUAGGCCUUUGCAUGCGGCAGCAUAUUACCUUAAUCCGAUGUUUCAUUAUCAAGAAAACUUCACUGCGGAUACGGAGGUGAAAAUUGGUUUAUUUAGAACCAUUGAAAGGAUGUAUCCGGAUAUGGAGGAUAGAGUGAAGGUUAAUGAGCAAUUAGAAAAGUUCAAGAAGGCCGAGGGUAUGUUUGCUCUAUGGUGGGAAAGUUACGGAGAAGAGUGCAAAGAGCUUCAAAAGCUAGCUAUUAAAGUGCUAAGUCUUGCUUGUAGUGCCACCGGGUGUGAGAGAAAUUGGAGCACUUUGAUCAUGUGCACUCGAAAAAAAGAAACUGGUUGGAGCAACAACGAUUGAAUGCUUUGGUUUUUGUGAAGUAUAACAUUCAACUUGAGUUGAGGCAAAUUAAGAGACAAGAAAGGGGUGAGACUUAUGAUCCUAUUUAUUUAUCGGAUAUGGAAUCCGAUGAUGAAUGGAUUACCGAGAAAGAGGAUCCAUGACUACCCGAAGAUCAUUCAUGGAUGGACAUCCAAGAGUGUUUCGAAGAUAAUGAAGGAGCAACUAGCAAAAAGAGAAAAAAGAGGACCAAGAAAUUUAAAUGCCACCGAUAAAGGAAAAAGAAAAGUAUUUGAAGAUGAUGAUGAAGUUGAAUUGAUUGAAGGUGGGGAAUAGGAAGAGGAAGAGGAAGAGGAAGAAGAGUUUGAUGAAGUGACUAUGGUAGAUGAUGAUGAAGAUGAUGAAGAUGAUAUUGACCUUGGAGAUGAUGAAGAUUGAAAUGAAGAAAUGAAGACUUUUUGGAAUUUUUAACUUUGUCUAAUCUAACUUUUGUUUUGUGUGGUCUCUUUUUGACAUAAGUUACUUUACAAGUAUAGAUUAGAGUUUUGAAAAGUUUAGAACUUGUUAAGUUGUGAACCUUAUUCAUGAUGAAUGUGAAUUGCCAUACA